UGCUGACGCGUCGAUAGCCUCUAUAUUCGAUCUUUACAGGAGGCUACAAAAUGGAUCGAAAGUAUCAGAAAGUGGAGAUGGGGGUGGGUGCGUUUCAUCACCCACCGAGAGCAAAAUAUAGCGAGGAAACAAAAAAUUUGAUCAAACUUCUAAUGGAGGAAUCCAAAGUUAGUAUGAUGAAAAGAAAGACUAUUCAGGAAGCGAUUAACCGGGGUGAGCCCUUACCAGUUGUGGAAAAUUCGAAAGUAGAAUCGAAUAAGCAUAAUUUGCAGUAUCAGGUUUUGAUACCUACUGCUUGGAAAAAACGAUCACAAGAUAUGAUUAUUAAAAGUGGUGCCUAUGAGAGGGAGCAGUAUAGAAGAACAUCUCCUUUGCGUAAUAAAGAAAAACAAAAGCGUCAUUUAGCAUGCAUGAUGGCAUACGGCAAGGAUAUGCCUGAAACUCCUCAUGGACCAAGGAUUCUUCAUAAAGCGAGACGAGAACCACGUAAUUCUGACACCAAUGAUUCCAUCGAUGAUCUGGUACGAGGAAUUAAAGAACGAAUGGAAUUUUUAAACGAUAUGGAAUGUCUUGGAAUGGAUAAGAAAUAUCGCCCUAUAAUACAGCAAGAAGUCGCGCAUAAGUUACGAUUGAUCGAAUCGGUAGAUAAACAGAGAUCCAAAGAAAUUCGAAAGGAUAUCCGGAAACUCGAAAAACCAUUGCCAAAACCAUUUCCAUUAGGUCAACUUGACGAAAAUUAAGAAUUAUU